UUGAUGUAUAGUUAGGGAACUUGGUAGGUUUUUGAAACAGCCUGAGUCUGUGCGUGCAUGUCUGCUAUUUUAACCCAUAACAACACUGUUUCACUUAGCAGACCAGCAUUACAGCUCAAACAUUGAAACGUAAAAGUAUUUACACAUUGGAAAACGUAUUUUUUGCCUUCCAACUUGCAUUUUAAAAAUUAAACUAUAACAGUAAUCAUUCAAACGAAGACUGUGUUAGCUAGUGUAGCUAGCUCACAGAUUCAUGGAGUGUCCUCACCUCAACUCCAGUGUCUGUAUGACAGUGGAUCUCACCCGGUUCCCCAACGGUUCCCCUUCUUCAUGGUGCUGUUCCGUUUGCCGAUCAAACAAAAGCCCUUGGGUUUGCCUGACGUGUAUGAACGUGCAUUGUGGACGGUAUGUGAAUGGCCAUGCCAAAAAGCAUUUUGAAGAAAUUGAAGCUCCACGUUGCAGUCAAAGGAAGCCAGACCGAGAAAAGUUGAGGGAGAAGGGUCAACAGCACUCUGUGUGUAUGGAUUGUAACAGUUAUAGCACAUUCUGUUAUAAAUGCGACGAAUUCGUGGUGAAUGACACAAAACUUGGGCAUGUGCAGAGGGUCAGAGAACAUCUACAGAGUUUGGAGAACUCUGUGUGUAAUACCGACAGACAGAGAAAGAGAAAAAUGUCUGAAAGUUUUUCUCCUGACAGCAAGAUGAAGCAAGACAGUGUAAGUUUAAUUGGCUUUUAUAUAUCUUUACAAAAAUGCGAGCAGCUGCUCUUUUGUCACUCGGAUUCUGAACAGUGGGACAAAAUGGAAGCUAUCAUCCGCUGCCUCUCUAUAACCACACGACAACAGAUGUUCACCGAACAGCUGGCCGCCAGACAGCAGAAAAUGGAAGAAAGACUGUUCCAGAUGGCUGAAUACCUCCCACUCUCAGAAUGGCUCCAGAGGACUGUAAGCAUGAGGAAUGCCGAAAAUCUGGCAGAUUUAGUGGAGGCGGUGGAGUUGGCAGAGGCCACGCUAGCCAGGGACACUAGCGAGAGAGCAGCCAUUGCCCCUGGUGGGUGA